AUGCGUGAUGAGCGCGAAGCCAAUCGGCCCAACAUGAAGUGGGACAAGGACAUGCAGAAGACACCAAUGAUCAUGGACAAGACCGGGAAGUUCACGCCAUCAACUUACUGCGACCCAACGAUCAAGCCCAAGUAUGAGACUGAAGAGGCAGAUCUUGAUGAUGUUCUCAUCGAGGAGCUCGAAAUGCUCGAGGACGCUCCGAAGGAGGCGAAGAAGUGGAAGAUGCAGGACCUCUGCGACUUGCGCUUUGGCAUGGAGGAGUCCACGCUGUCUAUGCUGGUUCAAGUCCCUCUUGAACCUUCAGUCUGGAGGGAAAUGCAGCGCGAGGAAGGCAGUUCAGAGAUGUUUGCGCUGGACAUUCCCUUUGGAGGCCAACAAGCAAUGACCUCAGAUGGAUGUUUUCACAGUGACCCAGUGUUCUCACGGAACGUGUUGUUGCUAUGA